ACGACAUUAGAGUGCGCCGUGGUCGCCGUCGCAGCCGCCGCCAUCGCCAUGAACAGUGUCGGGGAGGCUUGCACUGACAUGAAGCGGGAGUACGAUCAAUGCUUCAACCGCUGGUUUGCGGAGAAGUUCCUCAAAGGGGACGGCUCCGGGGACCCUUGCACCGACCUCUUCAAACGCUACCAACAGUGUGUCCAGAAAGCAAUAAAGGAGAAAGAGAUUCCUAUAGAAGGACUGGAGUUCAUGGGCCAUGGCAAAGAAAAGCCUGAAAGCUCCUCUUGACCUGCUUGUCACUUGGAAGAUAUCGGUACAUUGAGAGGCCUCUGGAUUGUGUCAGCUAGUCUGUGAAGCUAGCCAUGGGAUUCCAGGAAUUUAAGAGGGGAGUUUUAUUUCUUCCUUCUUGGUAUUCUCCUCUCACUUCUAAAAGAGCAGCUGUCCCUCUUGCUUUGAGAGUUUCACUUUUGCUGGCAUCUUGCAGGGACUCCAUGUGCUACAAUGGAACAGCUUCUUGGGGUUUUGGUUAUAAUACAUGGUUUGGAAUCAGCUUUAACUAGUCCUUGGAUGUAAAUAAUGAUAAACUGGUCAUGAUCAAGGUUGCCGACAGCUUUUGCUGCAGAGGACACUACACGGGAGUCAUUAUUCAUGAGCACAGUUGGUCAGGACCUCUUUUUCCUCUCAGGGAGCUAAUGCUCUGAAAAGGGAUCCGGACACAACAGUUUCAAUCACUGCUUGGGAACAUGAUUGUAUUUUUAUAGUAACGGUUAUAACUGCUGGUGGCCAGGGUUAACGAAGUAGAAGACAGCUUUACUCAGCUCCUGCCUUAACGAGGUGUCGGAUUAACUUGUGAAAGCUUCAGAAAUGGCAUAAACAUCACUUGGGAGCUCACAGCGCCGCUCAUAGCUCCAACACCUGGAGUGGCUGUGGAAGAAUCACCUACAUUACAGCUUUGCUGUUGCCAACUUUCAACUCCAUGAAUUAAGGUCAAUCUGCAUAGCAUAUAAGGCAAAAUGCAUCUGGCCAAGUGGGAGAGAGGUGCUUACUUAUUUUGUUUGCCUACCACACCCUAAGUCUGUAAUCAUGAAAAUGGAAUAAAUUCUAAAAUUCAGAUUCUA